AUGAGGGCAAUUCUGAGUUUACUCCUCAUCUCUGCAGGGUUAGCUGCGGCCCAGUUCCAGUUCUUUGAGCAGUUUUUUCAGGGAGGGCAGCAAGCUCAGGGUACGCAAGAGAAGCAGAACGUCCCCAGCGAUUCCAGCUGGUACCGUCAAAACUGGGAUGGAGCGACCUGCUCAAACUAUCUCUGUCCCGACACACUCGCUUGCGUUCAUUUUCCGCACCACUGCCCCUGCCCGUUUCCAGACGUGGAGGAGAAGGUUGAACUAGGCGAAGGGAUCGCCGUCUGCGCAAGCAAGGGUGGCUACAAAGUUGGCGAGGCUGCACGUAAAAUUGAAUUGGCGAGAAAGGCCCUCAUCUAA